AGAUGGUUUCUAGAUAUUGAAGCCAGUCGCUUCACCAACAUCAGAGAGGACAAAAUGUUGGUUCUAUCCACUUUUAAAUGGACCGUCGCUGAGUAUAAUUCAGAUUUUGACGAUGACGAGCAGAAGGAUGCCCAUGAGUUCCUCGUUUGUGUUCUGGACAUAAUGAGGUCUGUGUCAUCAGAGGUUGAGCUGACAGCUGUAAACUCUGGCCUGACCUACACGUGCCCAGUCCGGGAACAUAUUACACUUCAGAUGUUAAACGUCAGAACCUGCAGGGGAUGUGGUGAGCAGUCCUAUAGAAUGGAGGACUUUGUUAACCUCAGUCUGGACCUGGUACCAGGGGGAACGGUGGGCCAGUGUCUGCAGGAGUAUCUCAAGGAGAACCAGAUAGAAUUCACAUGCCACUGUGGAGCGCAGCAGUCGUCCCUGCAGAGCUCUUUCUCCACCCUGCCGAAUGUGCUGAUCCUGCACCUGAAGCGCUUUAUAGUCACCAGGUCCUACACUGUCAACAAGAUGAAGAAUCCCAUCACUUUGUCAAAAGAACUUGUGCUGAAGGAAGAGUAUAUGGCCAACAGAAAUACGACAGCUCGUUAUUCUCUGGUGAGCGUCGUCAGCCACAUGGGCUCCAGUGCUGACAGUGGUCAUUACAUCUGCGACAGUAUCUACGGAAGGCCGGAUAUGGGGGAUUCAGCCAACCUUUGGCUAACAUAUAAUGAUGAGCGUGUUAGCCAAACAACAGCAGAAGAUGUCUGUCGCCGUAGAGAAACAACUGCUUUCCUGCUGUUCUAUGAAAAACAGGCCCUUGAAGAGCUAACACACCUGCCAUCAGGGCUGCAAUAUUGACUGCAGCAAGCAAUGCCACAAAUUACUACAGUGGCUUGCAAAAUUAUUCACACGUCUUUAACUUUUCCAUAUAUUGUCACAUUACAACCAAAAAUACAAAUACAUUUUAUUGGAAUCUUAUGUGAAAGAUAAACUGCUAUACAACUGUGAAGUAGCAAGAAACUAAUACA